AUGAAAUACCAGGAGCAGGUGACCGCCAUCGGGACGGGCAUAGCUCCCGAACGUGUUAGCUCGCUGGCAGGCGAGAUCACUCUCUACCUGCCGGCUCCAGCAGAAGCCCUUGAGUGCGAGCUCUUCCGAGACAGCGGUGUCGGUGACGAGCCUCGCUUCGAGGUCUACCGGGGAGACUGCGAGGUGGCCGUCCGAGUGGAUGGCCGGGGGUCCCUGACGAGACGUCUCGCCUCUCCCUUUGCCUUCGCGCUCUAA